CGUCACAUUUUGACAGCAAUCAUGCGGAGUAAGUGAGUGUGGAAGGCAACCGAUCCUCAAAAAACAAAACAUCGUCCAGCUUACCUUAAAACAUUUGAGCUUAUUUUAAUAAAUUAAAAGAGAAGCAGUUGUUUUGUAAGAUGCCACUUAUUCCUGCUAGUGGAACCGGAAAGUUCUGGGCACAUUCUGCCAAAAUUAUUCGCUUCGCAAGGCAUGGGUGCACUAACAGACCAUUCUAUCACAUUGUCGUUAUGGAACGUAGAAAAGGCCAACAUCAGCCUGUUAUUGAACAAAUUGGAACUUACGAUCCCAUACCCAACGAGAACAACGAAAAGCUGGUUUCCUUCAACUUUGAGCGCGUGCGCCACUGGCUAGGAAGCGGAGCCCAUCUUUCGACACCGGUCGCGGAAUUGUUAGGUAUUGCGGGUCUGCUGCCAGUUCAUCCAAGGACCUACAUGAGCGCGUGGAGAAACAGACAAGCAGCUGAGAAAGUCGCAGAGCUUGAAGCGGCGAAACAAAAAGCCUCGGGCUCUACCCAAGGCGCUGAGAUAAGCAGUUGAAUAUUAUAAUAGUCAUCAAAAGUUGUAGUCAUAAAGAUCAAUAUAAAAGCCAUGUUCAGUUUCCAUUGUA